AACAAAUUACGGUUAAUUUUACGAUUCUUUAAACGGUUAGCAAUACAAAAAAGUGAAAUUUAAAAAAAAAAAGUGAAAAGUUUGAAAAAAAAUUUUUUUUUUGGUUAUUUUUUGUUCUUUAUUAAAAUUUCAAUUUUCCCUAUAAAUUUUAAAUGAUCAUUUUAAUAUAAAGCAAAAAAAAUAUCUGAAAAUGAAAAUGUUAAAAUUAAUUGUGAAUUUGUUGAAGAAUAUAUUUGGAUUAUUAAUUUUAUGGGAAUAUAGUCCAGGAUAUUGUGAACAAGGAACGUUCGAUCGUCUUUUAGUACCAUCAAAUAAUCAACAUCCAACAAAACCAAAUCCAUUUUUAAAAGUACGGCAAUUUUAUGAUGGUGUUGGUGGUGGUAUUGAUUGUCCAGCAGCAAGUGAAUGUGUUCCAUUAAUUGAAUGUUCACCAAUAAUUUAUGAUAUUGCAAAAAGUUGUUAUUAUAAUGAUAAAUCAUUAUUCUGCAAUCAAAAUGAAGAUGUACCACAUGUAUGUUGUCCAAGUAAUCCAUUAGAACGUAAUCAAGUUUGUGGCCGAAGUUUAGUUCAAGGACAAUUUUAUAAAGGAUUGGGAACAUAUCCAUUUGUGGCAAGAGUUGGAUUUAAAAAUGUUAAUACGGGAAAUUUUGCAUAUCCCUGUACAGGUUCAAUAAUAUCAAAAAGAGUUGUUUUAACGGCAGCGCAUUGUGCUUUAGCAAAAGCAGAUGGACAUCGAUUAUCUAGCAUACGAAUCGGUGAAUACGAUACAACUACAGAACCUGAUUGUGCUUCUAGUGGUUUUUGUGCACCACGUUCAGUAAAUCAUGCUAUUAGUCAUGUUAUUGUACAUCCAGAUUAUAAACAUGGCCAAUAUCAUCAUGAUAUUGCUUUAUUAAUAUUAAAAACACCUAUGAACUAUUCAGUUGCAUCACAGCCAAUUUGUCUUCAAAAAUCGAAAAUAAACUUAGUUGUUGGAAAACGUGUUACAAUUGCUGGAUGGGGUAAACUUUCAUCAUCAAAUUAUCGUUCAAAUGAAAUGGUAUCAUUAGAAUUACCAUUAGCAGCAUGGGAAUUAUGUUUACGUGUUUAUGGUUCAACUGGUGCAUUGGAAUCACCAAAUUCCGUUGAUGGUCAAUGGAUGUGCGCUGGUGGUGAAGGCAAAGAUGUUUGUCAAGGUUUUGGUGGUGCACCAUUAUUUAUACAAGAAAAUGGAAUUUAUUCACAAAUUGGUAUAAUGUCUUUUGGAUCAGAUAAUUGCGGUGGUGCACGUAUUCCAAGUGUUUAUACAUCAAUUUCAUAUUAUGCUGAUUGGAUACAAGAUAAUACACCCACAGAAUAAAUUUUUUGUGUAAAAAAUUGGUUUAGUGUUAACAUUAUCCUAUUAAUUUGGAUAAAUUAGUAAGACAAAAGAAUAUUUAAAAUUAUUAUUUAAUUUAAUUAAUGUGAUAUACUUAGAAUGAAAAUUAUUGAUAGUUCAAAAAUAUUUUGUCAACCUUAAUUUUUUGGGAUAUACCUACAUAAAAGUGAAACUCCACAUAAUAUAUAAAAUUAAUUUAAAAAUGUUUUAAAGAAUUAUGUUAAAAUAAAAAUAUUUUUAUUUAGUUUUAAGUUUAACUGAGUUUCUGUUUCUAUUUAUUAAAAGCGAAUAGUAUAACAAUGAAUUUAUUUACACGCUAAUUUUUAGUUAAAAUUAAAUUAAACACUAACAUAGUUGUUGGAAUUUUAAACUUAAAAUAAAUAAUAAUAAAAUAUUA